GAAUACUAUGUCCAUGAACUGGAUCGUGUGGGCAAUAUUGCCAAAUUAAUCCAUCUUCGGACAAAAGAGAAGCCGUGGGACCCAAGACAGGCUGUCACAACUCGGCGGACCCCAACGAAUUAUUAAUCUCGUUAAUAUAAACCUAAACAGGUAAAAAAAACUUAAAAAAAAAAAAAAGUCUCGCUCACCGUUUCAUUUCCUCCGUCUCCCUCCGCCGAAUAACAUCAUCGAAUUAGGGUUUCUGCUGCGAGAAGAAGAAGAAGAUGCGAGAGAUCAUCAGCAUUCACAUCGGCCAAGCUGGGAUUCAAGUCGGGAACUCGUGCUGGGAGCUUUACUGUCUCGAACAUGGGAUCCAGCCCGACGGCAUGAUGCCUAGUGAUACGACCGUUGGUGUAGCGCACGAUGCUUUCAACACGUUCUUCAGCGAGACUGGCGCUGGGAAGCAUGUUCCCAGAGCCGUCUUCGUCGAUCUCGAGCCCACUGUUAUCGACGAGGUUCGUACCGGAACUUACCGGCAGCUUUUCCAUCCGGAGCAGCUUAUCUCCGGGAAAGAAGAUGCUGCUAACAACUUCGCUAGAGGCCAUUAUACCGUUGGGAAGGAGAUUGUGGAUCUUUGUCUUGACCGUGUGAGGAAGCUUGCGGAUAACUGUACUGGCUUGCAAGGCUUCUUGGUAUUCAAUGCUGUUGGUGGUGGGACCGGCUCUGGUUUGGGGUCUCUGUUGCUUGAACGUUUGUCUGUAGAUUAUGGGAAGAAGUCUAAGCUUGGCUUCACCAUAUACCCUUCUCCUCAGGUUUCUACUGCUGUUGUAGAGCCUUACAACAGUGUUCUUUCGACUCAUUCCCUUCUUGAACACACCGAUGUAGCUGUCCUCUUGGAUAACGAAGCCAUCUAUGAUAUUUGCCGUAGAUCACUAGAUAUCGAGAGGCCUACCUACACCAACCUCAACAGGUUGAUAUCCCAGAUCAUCUCGUCCCUGACGACGUCGUUGAGGUUUGAUGGAGCUAUUAAUGUGGAUAUCACCGAGUUCCAGACCAAUCUUGUUCCUUAUCCCCGUAUUCAUUUCAUGCUGUCGUCUUACGCUCCGGUCAUCUCGGCUGCAAAGGCUUACCAUGAGCAGCUUUCGAUUCCUGAGAUCACUAAUGCCGUGUUUGAGCCAGCUAGCAUGAUGGCCAAGUGUGACCCGAGGCAUGGGAAAUACAUGGCUUGUUGUUUGAUGUACCGUGGAGACGUUGUUCCUAAAGAUGUUAAUGCUGCUGUUGGUACUAUCAAGACUAAGAGGACUGUUCAGUUUGUCGACUGGUGCCCGACUGGUUUCAAAUGUGGUAUCAACUACCAACCUCCAACGGUUGUCCCUGGAGGCGACCUCGCUAAGGUCCAGAGAGCGGUGUGCAUGAUCAGCAACAACACAGCAGUUGCAGAGGUGAAGGUGAAUUCUCAGAGGCACGUGAAGACUUGGCGGCACUGGAGAAAGAUUAUGAAGAAGUGGGCGCUGAAGGUGGAGACGAUGAAGAAGAUGAAGGUGAAGAGUAUUGACACCUUCUUCUCUCAAGCAAUGUACAACCAAAGAGUUGUUUUUUUUUUCCUUGUGAUUCUUGUGGAUUAAAUGUUUGUUUUUAGUUCGUUAAACUUUCUUUACCGUUCUGUUAUUAUCUUGGUUCGAUUCAUUUGUAGAGCGACAAUUGUGAGUUCCAGUGUUCAUGCUCAAGCUUUUGGUGUACCAAACUUUCUUUAUCAUCUUCUUGAUAUGUCCAUUUAUUUCUUCAUGUAAAAAAACAUUCUCGGUCGGAAAUAUAUCAACUGGCCAUGUAGUGUUCAUG